AUGGAAGCACUCUACUUAGGUGUUUUUCUUGCACGUUGCUUUACGUUGACGUUUUCUCAAACAGUGAGACCGUCAUGCGACCGUAAUUUUACAGAGAACGACAUCUUUGAUGCAAUUGAGAGUCCAAACUACCCCCAGUACUAUCCCACAUACUCAAGGUGCACGUUCAAUGUAAUAUUCGAAAAGUCGAACGUUCCCUUCGAAGUUGAAUUAUAUAUCUCCAACUUCCGCACCUAUUACUCUGGGGGCAAUCGAGACUACUUAAAUAUCAACAACCGGAAUUAUUUCGGCGAUGGGGCCACUCAUUCCACUGCAUUACAAACUGGACAGACAUAUACAUAUCGAGCCAUCGGUUUUAUCCAGUUAUUUUUUAAUGCUCCAUCAGGCAGUUCAGCCCCUGGAUUCAGUCUAGAUUUCGUAGUCAGUGAAGAUGAUCCCGACAAACCAAAUAUUACAGAAAAGUGUGACGAGGUUACAUGCCAAUACGGAGGGACUUGUCAUUCUUACGGACCACAACGAUUCACAUGCUUUUGCCAGCCGGGUUAUUUUGGAGAUUUCUGCCAGUUCAUUCCAAAUACACACGACUGCCCAAAAUCCUACAAUGAAGACGGGUCGGGGGCUGGAGAGAUCCGAAGUACUUACUACCCUGCAAACUACCCAGAUAAUCACUAUUGUGAUUUGGUCAUACGUAAUACAAUUGUGGGGUAUACAAUGUCGAUAUACGUGGUUGAUUUUCGAACAGAAAACUUUCACGAUAGACUUUGUAUCGAAGAUGGUGUAAAUGUGACUAGGUGUUACAGUGGCGAUGGGCGCUCUUCUAGUUCUGCAAUGCGUAUAGGAGAAACUUAUUUUUAUCAAAUAACAGAUACAAUUUUCAGGUUGAACUUUAGGACGGAUGGAUCGGUCAGGUACCGUGGAUUUAGACUUGAGUACACGAUCGUUGACACAGACUCACUUAAUUUUACUACUUCUGGACGUACAAACAAAGGAACUGCCUUCUCUUUCGCGUAUUUACCACAUCGGUUCGGUAUUACGGCUGGAUAUACGAGAAUAUUUGUGACAAGUGAACUCCUCGCACAGGUAGAUGUAACUUUAUCAGCAACGGGACAAACUACAAACUAUACGGUCGAACCCUUUACUCCACUCAUAGUUGACUUAUCUGGAAGUAUGAGAGUUAUCAAUGGGUAUGAACAGAAGGGUAUUAGAGUCAAGGCUAAUGUAAAUAUCACCGUGGCAACGUUUUCCUCCACGGGUGAUGACGCUGACGGCUCUUUGAUGCUCCCUGAAGUUAACCUCGGAACUCAAUACGUCAUUGCAGCGUACAAACCCUUGCCUGGAUCAUACGCUUAUAUAACGGUAGUUGGUUUUGGACAGCUCACAUCAGCGUGGUUGAUAUUCCGUAAUGAAUCAGCAAAUGGUGGCGCUGGUGGAUAUGAUUAUGAUAAUGCUAUUCAGGUCCAGGUGAAUGAUCUCGAAACAUUCACAUAUCGCUCUCAGUCUGAUCUAACGGGAGUUCUCGUCGUAUCUAACCACCCUGUGUCCGUCCUCAGUGGCUGUGAUUACGCCCAAGUGCCAGAAGACGUCACAUACGGUGACCAACUUGUAGAAAUGAUUCCCCCGGUUAUAACUCUCGGAUAUGACUUUAUCGUGCCCCCAAUAGCGGAACGACUAGACGGAGGGAUCAUAAGAGUGAUUGCUUGGACUGAUGAGACCGCAGUCAUCCUACCAAUAUCAGGAUUCAACACAGAACUAAAUGAAGGUGAAUUCGUUGAUAUAACCGCGCCGUCUGGGUCAACUGAAACGAUUACUUGUAGUGCGAAAUGUCUAGUUGUGCAGUACAAUACAGGGGGUGGACGUGACUCCAUUUUGUCUGACCCGUUUAUGUCAGUGGUACCACCCAUACAGCAAUACUCACAGAAUAACGUUUUCCAUGCGCCAACCGAAUUUAGAAACUGGGUCAACGUUGUUAUUAACUCCGCUAACGUUGAAGGCUUUCAGCUUAAUGGGGUCAAUGUAUCCACAUUGGCUUCUUUCAUAACUGUCCCAAACACUGACUACUCUGUGGGACAAAUUUCAAUUGGUGAUUCCAAUGGGUUUCUCUCACAUCUAAAUGGAGAUCACAUCGAGUGGUUGGCGAUGGCUUACGGGCACAGCAGGAGUGGCUCUUAUGGGUAUGGCUUCCCUCUUGGAAUGAAACUUGAGCCACUUGCAACUGUUACCUAUGAGCCACCCAAAGAAACUGAACCUCCUGUUACAGCGCCACCAGGGAAUUACACAGAAAGAUGCAGGUGCAACUUCCGAUUGUUAGGAAAUGAAAGUUUAGGAGAAGAAGAAUUUGGAGCUUUGAUUCAUGACUUCGAGGACAUCCUGUACUUCUUUCCAUCACAGGAUUGCGAUUCCUGCAACACAAUGUUUAGCGAAUGCCCUCAGGCAUGUCGCCAGAGGGCUCUGGAACAGUGGGGCACAGAUGGUCUGGCAUCUGAAAUCGUUGUCGAGAAUACGCGCAGAAAAGCACUCGGGCAAGUGAUGUGUGAGAGGAACUACAGAAAGAUCCCACCGCCUGGGCGAAAACUAGGGGUGUUCUACCGACCAGGGUCAUGCCUCGGAGAGGAUAGAUCCUUGCUGAUCGGCCGGAUCACCGCCGGACCUUACCUGUGUUGCACGGAAGUUGAAAUUCCAAUCAUCGGACAUAUCCCUGCCUGGGAUAUUAAUUGUGACGGUCUAAAUAUAUAUCUUAAUAGCGAAAAUAUGUUGGCAAACAUUGCACAUUUGUAUAAAUUGAAAGGUUUAAAACAGAAUGAGAUUAAUGGUCAUAUCCGAACGAUCAGAGAUACGCGUAUAGAACGCGGUGGUUUGUAAACUUAACGUUUUUGAAUAAAGCAACAGUCUAGCUACAAGCCUAUUUGACCCCCCCCCUCAAUUUGACUAAACAUUUUCGCACACAGUGUUGUAGGGGGGGGGGGGCGUCAAAAGGGGUUGUAGCUAGACUAAUAUAAAUGCAACAACCAGUGUCAUAAGUACAUUAAUAACAAUACAUGUAUGGCUAUAAAUAAAUAAAUAUUGAGUGUCAUUAUUUUUAGGUUAAUACAAAAAAAUUGUGCUGAACAAGAUUGGACACACUAUGUUUUUCAGUUGUAUGUUUUGGUAUAUUACGUUACUUUUUUGUGUGCUACUUGAAAUUAAAUAAACCAUGGUGUUGUUAAAAUGAGAUUUACAGUGUUGGUAAAUGCAGCACGAAAAUCAAACACCAAAAUAUAAAUGUCACACCUUCAAUUUAUUGGUUUAAUUGAUCUGAUCAUAAGUCCUAAUUACAUAAAAUAUAUACUUUUUUAAAGU